AUGACGUCGGUGGUCUGGGUCCCGGGCCAAGGAUGGCCCCGGCCUGGCCUGGUCGUGGUGUAUGGGUGCCCUGUGCGCAGAGGCGUCGUCCGGCCUGCUGCUCUUCUCGCAGGAUGGGCGGGUAGCGACGCGCAUUUCCCGCAGCCCCGACAUCGAGACGGAGUACCGGGCUGUCGGCGGAUCGUCUCGUGCCUCGACUCGGUUUCCGCGGGCCAGCUGGCCGCCCUGCGCGCGGGGCUGGAAGCGUGCGCCGCUGGCCGGGCGCAGGUGGUGGCGUGCGAGGCGGAGGGGCCGCCUCGCGGCGGGGAGGGAGCGCAGCUGCGAGUGGUCGUGCGGGGGAUGCUGCCCUCCGCUAAGAUACACCAGACGUGCCAGAUCGCCGGGCUCCCCUCCGCUGCCGUGGUCCGGACCAGGCUGGGCCGCAUCCGGCUCGGCGGGGUCCAGGUGGGCCUGUGGACGGUGGUGCCAACCAAGGACGUGUUGGAGACGAGUUGGCGCAGACGGUCUUUGAUCGUGAGCUGGGAGUUCCAGGGCAUCGCGAUGGCGUGUUGCCACGCCUCGAGAUCGUCCGCCAGCGAGUCCAGGACAUCGAAGAGCCAGCUGCGGGUGCGAGCUGAACGCUCGAAAGCUAUGCGGCGCGAAAGCUAUGCGGACGUUGAGGUCGAGAAGUUUGGUGCCCCGCGAACUGAGACCACCGCGACGUGA